AUGGGGGGAUCUACGCCAAUAAUCAGGGGUCUGCUUAUGACCCUUGCUACAUUCUAUGGAAUCUACACCUUUUUUAGGUAUGGGGUCAUUGCAAUAUGGGCGGGGACGUUCUUUCGUCGGCCGACAGAGAAGGAGAGGUUGGAGCUAUUAUUAGCAAAGGACCGCCUCUGGAACCUCUCUAAGCGAUGGGAUGGUUUCUCCCACCACUUCAUAACUCUCCGCGAUGGCUUCAAGUUCCACUAUGUUGCCAAUGGACCCAUCUCAGAAGACCUAUCAUCACCAAGACCAGGAUCAACACAAACGGAAACAAGGAAACCGCUCGUCGUUUUCGUCCACGGCUUCCCGGAUAGCUGGGCGAUAUGGCGACACAUUCUGCCGUCAUCGUUACUUUGGGAGCACAGCACUGUUGUCGCCGUUGACCUGCCGGGUUAUGGCGGGACCGAUUCGCUGGCAACGUACAGCGCGACGGAGGUAAUGGAACAUCUUGCUGAGUUCCUCAUCGCUAUCAGGAGGAAGUAUGGGAUUGAUUCGGAUGAUGAUUAUGAGGAAGUCAGAGCAGCAGAUGAGAAGCGGCAGGCUGGGAAGGUUAUUUACGUUGGCCACGAUUGGGGAGCUGUGUUGGGCUUUCGCCUUGCGUCAGACGCACCGCAGUUGGCAGAUAGGUUUAUAUUGACGAAUGGUCCAUUGAUCCCUAUGCCCAUGGUACGUUACGUAGGCAAGGGGGGCAACUAUUCGUUUUUAAAAAAAUUGCACGUCCUUGCAGCAGGGAAGGUGAUCGAAUUUACCGUUCGGGAUGCCGAGGAAUCCAUGGCCAGCACACUCGGCCCCGGUGGUGCAGAAUUCAAAACCACCACAGCCGAUGGAGACAAGUAUCCAGCCAGCGUCUGGCGACGCAUCGAGAGAGGUAAUUUCGGCGACAUGGCCUCCUACUACCGCCACGGUGCUGCGGUAGGAACCUGGCACAAGUCGCUGGAGGUAAUUUCGGCCCUAUACGGGCUUGGGGAGCCCCGACGGACUAGCACCGGGAUGGUUAUGCAAGAAGGACCCAUCGGAGCGCUCCACGCAAAUGCGACCAUUUUAUGGGGAGAGCAGGACAUAGCCUUGGACCCCCAUGUGGGGCUGGAAGGGAUUGCGGAUUACCUGGUGCAUGGAAGUCAAGUGGUGAUGUUACCGCGGACAGCGCAUUUUCCGCCGGUAGAGAUUGAAGGGCGUGUGGCUAUUGAGAAGGCGGUUGAGUGGGCUGUUGGUGGUGAAAAGGGCGAUGUCGGCGCAGUGGUUGCUGAGGUGUAUCCUGGCGCGGUUGUGACUGUGAGGAAAUGA